AUGAAAAUCGCCACGAUCCUCCUCACCAGCGAAAUAUUUGCAAGCAGACAUCAUAAAAGAUCUCGUCGAUCAGCAAUCCGACAUCGUCGACGACGCGAACUUCAUGCUAUUCAAGAGGCUCAAAUUUAUCGAUUCAAGAUAAAUGACGAUCUCGCUGAAGAGGCAGGAAUCACCAACAUCCGGACCAUAAGCGAUUUAGGCGACGAGGAUUUUAGGCUACUCGAGUCAAUUUCCACCGACGCCGGGGAGCGAUACAUUCAUCUCAAGAGAAUGGUGGGCUUCAUCUUCAACGACCUCGAAGAAGGCAUUGAAAAGCCACAUGUUCUGGAUUGGUGGGGAUACGGAUGCUGGUGCUUGGCGCAUGGCGAAAACUAUGAUCUGGCGAUGAGAGGAAUGCCAAUGGAUGAGGUUGACUCUGUCUGCAAAAUGCACGCUCAAUGCGUCCAGUGCGCCCAAAUGGACUACGGUGCUUCCUGCGAUGCAUCCCACGGCUACGGCAUCUUUGGACAGAAGGACUUGAUCAACGGCGAUAGAACUCUUGUCUGCGACGCGGAAAACGAUCUCUGUGGAUCUGCCCUUUGCGAGUGUGAUAAGAUGCUGAUCGAAGGACUUCGAGCUACGUUUACUCAAUAUGAUUCUUCCUUGCAUAUUGAGAACAGCGGUUUCGACUCGAAAGGCAAUUGUCCAGCCAUAGGAGGACCACCAGCAGAUCAAUGCUGUGGCGAAUACCCUUACAGACAGCCUUACAACUCGCGGAAUGGGCAGCGAUCCUGCUGCCUGGACAAAACGUAUGACACUUCGUAUCUCGAGUGCUGCCAGGAUGAAAUUAAACCCAAUGGCUUCUGUCAAGCAGAAUAUGGAAACUCAACAAGCUCAACUUGGUAA